AUGUGCAACUUCAAAUGUUCGUUUUGGCAAAGUUGACUUGGAGCAAUAUCCUGCACUAGCAGAAGAAUAUAAUAUUUCGUUAUUACCGACUAGUUUGGAUCUUCCUACGUUGAUUUUGCUCAAGAAUGGUAAAGAAAUUUCGAGAUUACCACAGAAAAUCAGAGAUGGAACCGACGAAGAUUUGAACAAAAUAAAGAUUAAACCUCUUAGAGAUGUAAAGGCCACAUGGGAUCGCUUAGGAUGGGACAGGAGCAUGAAAUCAAUAAUUACAGAAUUUAAACUUGAAAGUUUACACAAGACAACUUAA